AUGAACGCCUCGUACGAGCGGCCAGUGUCCUCCUCAUCCUAUUUUGCCCAACUACCACCUCCUCAUCGUCUACUGCUCCGAGUAUAUGCAGCCGAGAAGUUGCGGCACGUAUCAAGCCAUGGAACGUACUGCAAAAUUUACGUCGGUGGUAGCGAAAUGGAGCGCGGUAGCGGUGUGUUCUCGCGUCGUUCGCAGAAACUUUCAUCGUCUACGUCGAGUUUAGGAGGUCUUCUGAGUAGCAGCCGCAGUAACAUAACAGAACGAUUGACGACACGACUUCCUCAAAUGUCAUUGUCAAUGGUAGAUCUAAGUGAACCUCGAAGUCGGAUGCGAGUGCUGAAGACGAAUGUGCAAAAGGGCAAACGAGCUGAUCCCGUUUGGAAUGAAAAGUUUGACAUUCCUGUAUUAGAUAUGAGUGAAGACGUGCUAAGUAUUCGUGUGAAGUCAGCAAGGCUCGUGUCCUCCCUCGCUAUUGGUGCAUGUUCGAUUCCUCUCAAGGAGUUUAUCUCUCAGGGAGCUGCGACAAUCGACCGAUGGUUUGACCUGAGGCUGGGCAAAAAGGAUGCAGGACGGAUACGGUUACAGCUAAGAAUUGUAGACCACUCUACGACAAGAAGACAGGAAACAGAUCCGGCUUUAGUAUCCACCUUUCCGCGUAAUGGUCAAGGCAUUGAUCCACACUUAAGCAUUCUUUCUGAUGAAACCCCGCAAGAGAUUGCUGCACGAACACUUAAGAAGUUGUCGCGACGCGAUCAUAAGUAUCACAGGUCCGGGAGGCGCUUUGACGGGCGAUCUCUGGGGUCCACAAUGCUGAGUAGCAGCAAAAGUAGUAGUGAUGAGAGCAGUAAGUCGGCAAGCGACACGCAGGAUGCGAAGAAGCGUGUUUCAACAACCACGACUUCGCGAAACAAUAGUCAUAGUUCAACGUCUAACGAGUCAGAACCUUCCAGCGAUGUGUCUGUCUCCCCGGUGGCGUCAGAUCUGACAUCGACCAAAAAUGUUAAUGUUUUGGGAGCUUUGACAGCCUCAACGCAUCGUGGAACCAUGCGAAGAUCAGAAUUGGAACGCUCAAUGAUACAAACAAAAACAGCGACGCGGAUGUCACGAAUACGGUCAUCGAGAUCAUCGAACCAUUUAGGCUCGCAGAAAAGCGAAGACGAUUUGAAUAGUCUGGACAGUUUUGCUGCAACAAAUCGUUGGACGGGUAAUAACACCAAAUUGAGUAUGCUAUCAAGUGUCCUGGACCUGCGCGAAAGCUCAAGAAUCAAUGACGACGAUGACAGUGACGUAGAUCGGUUCUCUUCUUCUGAUAGGGAGAGUUCUUUAAAACACGGGUCCGCAUCGAUUGCGCUGUCGAGCUCAGUAGCCAGCAUAGACGAGCGCCACGACGAUUCCGUGUUCAGCUUCAGCGACAGUGACGAUGAAGACGAGGAAAAUGCUGAGUCAAAGUCGGAGAGAGAGCGCGAGCAGCAGCGACAAAAGUGGCAGCUGGAGCAGCGAAAAAUGCAGUUGGCUCGAAUCAAAGAGGUUUCAAGGUCCAUGUCUGACGAGGACCUUGAUGAUAAGUCCGAGAAUCAAGACGAUGAUGAUGUCGAUCGCGAUGAUGACGAUGAAGAAUACGAAGACGAUCACGAUGAUGAUGAUGAUGAUGAUGAUUAUUAUUAUGAUGACGAUGACGAUGAUGAUGAUGACGAUGAUGAUAAUGACAAUGAUAAUGAUGAUGACGAGGACGAGGACGUAGUUGAUGGAUUGGGGCGGGAACGAAAGUCAACUCGGAUUCAGUUUACACCUACGCUUGCAAAGCUACUUGGUCGUGAGAGCAUGAAUGUGCUGUUCGAAGAUGAAGACGAUACGGAAGAAGAAGAGGGCCCCGAGGCUUACAAGCUGAGCGAUGACUUUGUUCCCAUGCUCGAAGCUUCUUCUCCGCGAUCGUUUGAUCUUGUAGACAGCGCUUUGCGUUUGUCGGGCUUUGAUUGA